AUGGGAGCCUCAACUUCAGCACCUGCUGCUCCUACGGUUCGGGCUGAGGCAAUUCUUGCCACUCCUCCUCAAGGAUGUCCAAUGCACAAAGAAAAUCAACCAGUUAAAGUAGUGUCUCCUCCAUCGGAGUGUCCCAUGCAUCAAGCUCAGCCAGUUGCAGCAUCUCCACCUUCAGAGUGUCCCAUGCACACAGCAGAAGCCGGCCCAGUUCACCAAGAUAGGGCCUAUGAAUUUGUGGCGUGUCCCAUGAAAGCUGCAGCAGGCGGAAAUGAUAUCGACCCAGCAAAUAUGAUGCCUCCUCCCAACCAAACACCUUCUCCAGACCAGCCCUUCAAAUUGUCCCUCAACAGAGAAGAAUCUACAAUCCCCCGUCACGGCACAGAAAAACACUGGGUUUACCCAUCUGAACAGAUGUUCUGGAACGCCAUGCUGAGAAAGGGGUGGCGCUGGCGUGAGGAUGACCUUGGUGCCCAAGACAUGGGGAACAUCAUCAAAAUACAUAAUAAGAACAAUGAACAAGCCUGGCAAGAAAUCCUGAAGUGGGAGGCGCUGCAUGCAGGCGAAUGUCCUUGUGGUCCAACCUUGAAAAGGUUUGGGGGUAAAGCCAAAGAGUACUCACCAAGAGCUCGCUUCCGCCACUGGAUGGGGUACGAGCUCCCAUUUGACCGUCACGACUGGAUCAUUGACCGCUGCGGAAAGGAGGUCCGCUACGUCAUUGACUAUUAUGACGGAGAAAUAGACAAAGACACGUAUCAAUUCUCCAUCCUGGAUGUACGCCCGGCCUUUGACUCUUUGGAUGCUGUGUGGGAUCGCAUGAAAGUGGCCUGGUGGCGCUGGACCUCUUGA